CUGGAUCGGUGGGUCACUUUUUGUCUUUGUUUACUAUUAAUGACAUUUCAUCAACUGCUCGUUGCUCAGUGCUCACUUGUUAGCUUUUCUAUUAGUUGGCGUUGUUAUUUUAUUUCACUCCAGAACAAAAUAACUCUGAAAAUGAAAAAUUAGUUAAUAAUUGUCAAUUAAAUACAUAACUUUUAGAAGACAAUUUUAAGUAACAAAAACAAACCAGUACCGGUUCAUUAUGGGUUUUGUAAUCUCAGCAAUCCAUAAGCUUUCGAAAUUGUCGAUUUUCUUACUGCUCAUUGCUGUGAUCCCGGGAAUACCUCCUGAUGGUGAAUUUGAAGCUUACAGCAUACCUCCUUCUGUCCCGUUGGAGGGUUCGUUGGCUGUCAAUUCACGAUUGAAUGGAGCCGAAAAAUUGUUUGAAGAUGUAAUCCAUGGCCCAGAAGAUAUACAAGUGCACAACGGAGAAAUUUACACAACUCUACAUGGCGGCCAUGUCGUCAAAAUCGUAGGAAACAAAAUACAGCCUGUUGCCAAGUUUGGACAAAAAUGUGAGGGUUUCCACGAGGAGGCCAAAUGUGGACGCCCACUUGGAUUGGCUUUUGACAAAAAGAAUCAAAUGUACGUGGCUGAUGCUUACUAUGGUAUCUUCCAGGUAGACCUAGCUACAGGUAAAUCAAAGAACUUGGUGUCAGUGAAUGACACGAUUGAAGGCAAGAAACCCAUGAUUCCUAACUCUGUAGCUGUGGACAAUACCGGCGCAAUAUUUUGGACUGACUCUUCCACUUCUCAUUACUUACAUGACGGUGUAUUUCUCGCUCUACUAAACGGCAACGGAAGGCUGCUGAAGUAUGACCCGUCAUCAAAAACCAACAAAGUUUUGUUGGACAAGUUACAUUUUUCAAAUGGAGUCGCUCUCUCAGAAGACGGGGCUUUUCUGCUCAUCAGCGAAACGUUCAACUUUAGGGUGCUCAAGUACCACCUGAAGGGACCCAAGGCAGGCCAAAGCGAGGUGUUUGUUGACCGACUGCCAGGUUGUCCCGACAACAUUCACAGAGACGGCCGUGGUGGGUUUGUCUUGAGUCUGGUGCUGCCUCGAGACAUGGAUCAUCCCUCCAUGGUAGAGCGUCUGGCGCCGUACCCGCUGGUGCGCAAGCUGCUGGCAAGGCUCAUGUAUCUAGGUCAGCGCGCCGUCUCCCUGCUCAGGGACUUGUAUCCCCACGAGGUGCUAAAGAAGACUGCACAUCUGAUUGGACAUUUUGAGUCGUUACCGUCGCCCAGUGUUAAGCGUACGACCGUCCUGCUAUUGACCAAGGAAGGCAAGAUCAGCCGUAGCUUGCACGCCACUGACGGACUGCUAGGAGUCUCGGACUUUGUGGAGCACGACGGACACUACUACCUCGGCUCACCGUUUAACACUUAUGUGGCUAGGGUCAAAGCCACAUGAGGUACAGUUCAUUACAAUCAAGAAGUACCAGAGACUGAAUAUUUUUGACUUAACAUUCCAUUUAAAAAUAAUUUUUGGAUCUCUAAUAAUUUAUUUACGGUUAAAAAAUAUUUAUUUUUGUUGGUGGUUUUCAAUAAAAUUGUUAUAAACA